GGGCCUGCAUGCCAUCCCCUCUGCCAACACAGUCUUCUCCCCCAGAUAUCUACCUGGCUCGCCCCUCGCAGAAGUCAGGUCUCUGCUCAAACGUCACCUCCAGGCUGCAAGCCUCGGUCUCCCCACCUGUAAACGGAGGAUGGCCUCAACACCCAGGGCUCUGACAUCUGGCACCACAAGAACCCACCCUCACUGCCUCUUCUGCCACAGUGGUGGGGGGGCCCUAGUGACUUGUUGGCACCAAGCCCUACCCAAAGGCAGCUCCCUGUGAAUUAGCUACUUCUCCCCUUGAAGGAGGGAUGGGGGAGAACACUACACCAGCAUCGUCACUAUGGCAACAGCAGCAGCUAGAACACCAAAGUUGGGGACCCACUCUGUGUCAGAGACGUGGGGGUUCUGACAGGAGUGAUGUGCCAGCUGGGACAGCCCUUGGGAUGCCACCAUUCUUCAUUUAUACACUCCGUCACACACGCAGAGGCCUGCCAGGCGCGUGCGCAGCAGCGAGAGGUGACGAGAGACAGGCUCCCCCGGGAGAGGCAGAGCUCCGGACAGACCCCAGGCAGAUCUGCGCCAGGCACAAGCUGUUCUACACCAUCACUAGAGACCAGGACGCACUGACACCACUCGUGGGCCCAUCGUGCAGGGGCAACACCUUGCUUCAGCCCCAAGAGCACCAGCAGGAAGAUCAUAGAGGGGCAGGCCACACCUCCGAGCGCCCUAGACAACUCCAGGCUGAUCUCAGCUCCAGGAGACAGUCCACGCACAAGCUCCGAGGGCCCCAGCUUCUGAGGCCCAGCCUGAGAAAGGGGCAGGGUCUCACGGCCGCAUGCAACAUCCAGCAAGGGAGAUGCCGGAGUCCAGGGACGCUGCAGGACGCUGGACGCCACUCUGGUAAAAAGCGGGAGCCAGGGCUCUUCAAGGGUCCUCUAGGGGUGAGGACAGAGGACAGGGUGAAUGAGGUGCGGGGGAGAAGGGCAAAAAGAGGCCCACUGCAAGACUUCCUCUGCCCAACAGUGCUCAGAGGCAGGAAAUCGCCCCCCUUUGACCAUGCACUCAGGGAUGCCUCUACCAGGGAAAGCCACCCAGGUGCCGUCCUCGGCCAGCACAGCUCAUCUCAGCACCUGGGCAGACACCACGCGCACAGGCCUGCAGCCAUGCCACUUAAGCCAUCACGUCCACCACAUUCCCAGGGCACCAACACGGAGGAGAAUCAAGUCUGGGCCUGUGCACCAGCCUCCCGGCCAGCAGGCCUGUCAGGUUCCUGCUGCCACGUGCCUGCCCAGGAGGGCGCCCGCCCCCGGCACACGUGGAUGCUCCUCACCUUCAAGCCCGAAUGGUGGUCAAGGCCCGACAGCGCACAGCUUCCUGCCAGGACCCUCCCACAGAGAGAAGCACGAAUCCUGGGAGACAUACCCCCAGGAGAGCCCCUCUCUUCAAACCCACUUGACAGGAAGAGAAAGGAUCUGGGACACACACCAGGGAACUGGCAGAGCCCGUCUUACAGGGGCCUGAGCACAAGUCUCAUUUCAGGGGUGGGGAGUAGCGAGACUUUCUCAAGAGUCUCAGUCUCAGUUUCUCUCACACACACACCCCGGCACCAGGUGUGCCCCUUACUUCCAGUAACCCUAUCCACGGGGCCUGGCUGAAUCCUGCUGCAAACCCACAGGCAGGCCCUGGCACCCGGUUUGCUCUCACGGAAUUUACCAACA